UCCUCCUCCGCAAAGACUUCUCUCCUCUCAACAUGUCCUGCAACAGCUGCUCUGGAAACUUCUCCCAGUCCUUUGGGGGCCACCUGCAACACCGGAUCUCUUCUUGUGGUUCCUCCUACCCCAACAAUGUCUUCUACAGCACUGACCUCCAAACCCCCAUCACCCACCAGUUGGGCUCCUCUCUCCACAGUGGGUGUCAGGAAACCUUCUGUGAGCCCACCAGCUGCCAUACAUCCUAUGUGGUCUCCAGACACUGCCAGAGGCCCUGCUACCACCAGAGCAUCCCAGUGUCCUGCAGACCCUGCCAGUCACCUUUCUCAGGAUCUCUAGGCUUCAGUUCCAGGGGCUUCCAGUCUUUUGGUUGUGGCUACCCAACCCUGGGCUUUGGAUCCCGUGGUUUCCAGUCAGUGGGAUGUGGUACUCGCAAUUUUUCAACCCUAAAUUGUGGGUCCAGCUUUUACCGCCCAACCUGCUUCUCUUCUAAAAGCUACCAGUCUGUUUCUUACCAGCCAACCUGUGGGAAUGGCUUCUUCUGAUCUUCUACUGGGGAAACUAGAAAUGUAAAAGGUGCCUCCCACCUACUGGGUUAAGAGCCACACUGUCUUUUGAUCUCUUAUGUUAGUCUAGGAAUUAGACUUCUACUCACUCUUAUGAGUCCCUGUAAUUGGAACAUGUAUUUCAUUGGAGAUGCUAAAUGGUUUUCUUAGCGAUGUAUGGACUUGCAAAAGUCAAACAUAAUUCUUUCUUCAUGUAUCUCUUAGUAAUUUCUUAAACUGCCAAUGCCUUUACUUUUAUGAAGGGGAAGGAUGUAAGUUUAAAUAAAAAUAUGCAACUGGACAUCUA